GGUAUACCGUGGAUAUUGCGUAGCUCCCGAGGUAUCUUGCUGAGUAAGGGAUUAUCUUCGUUAUGAUUGAUCCGGGUUCCUAUAGCUACAAAGAGGGAGACUUUCCUGUUUUUGUCCCUUCGGAUUACGCACUCAUGGGUGGUAUGUGCUGUGUUUUCGACAGGGUUAACAUUCAAGAUGGACUUUCCUAGGAUCAAGGCACUUAGAACCUUCAUCAUUGAUGAAAAGGGAAGCGGUGGAGACUAUCAUAAUGUAGAGUCGGGCCAUUGGUUAGUAGAUAGCGAUAUUGCGACACCCAUGUCCAGAUGGGAGAAAUAUCGAGGUUCUAGAACUAGUUGGGGCGUCAACGCGCUUGGUUCCUUGUUCGUCGAGAUCGAAGCGACAGAUGGGACCAAAGGCUUUGCUACCGGGUUUGGCGGGGUUCCAGCCUGCUGGCUCGCAAGUAACCACUUUAAGAGGUUUCUUAUUGGAGCCGACCCGAGGGACACGAAUAACCUGUUCGAACUCAUGUACCGAGCCUCCAUAUACUACGGACGAAAAGGUCUCGCGCUCGCCGUUAUUUCAGCUAUCGACUUGGCUAUAUGGGAUCUUCUUGGAAAAAUUCGAAACGAACCAGUGUAUAAAUUGAUCGGCGGUGCCACCAAGGAGCGCCUCGAAUUUUAUUGUACGGGACCACAACCCGCUAGCAUCAAGGAGUUGGGGUUCACUGGUGGGAAAAUCGCGUUACCAUUUGGUCCGAACGAGGGCCAAAAAGGUUUAGAGAAGAACAUCGCCUUUAUCGCAAAGCAUCGAGAGCAGGUCGGUCCUGAGUUCCCGCUGAGGGUAGACUGCUACAUGGCACUCGACGUCUCUUAUACCGUUGACCUCGUCUCGGCUGCGAACCGGAGAAAUUUGAAUGUGGACUGGUGGGAAGAAUGCUUAUCUCCUGACGACUUCGACGGCUAUGACUUGUUGAAGAGAGCGCACCCGUCUGUGAAGUUUACCCAUGGCGAACAUGAGUACUCGAGAUAUGGCAUGCGGAAAUUGGUUGAAGGGCGUAAUGUCGAUAUUUUGCAGCCGGAUGUUACUUGGGUUGGUGGACUAACGGAGCUCCUUAAGAUCUCAGCGAUGGCUGCCGCCUACGAUAUUCCUGUUGUACCACAUGCGAGUGGCCCAUACAGCUACCAUUUUACUUUCUCGCAGAUAAAUUGCCCCUUCCAAGAAUGUGUCGCGGCAAGUCCUGAUGGGAAAUCCAUUCUACCUGUGUUUGGCAACUUGUUUCUCAAUGAACCAAUACCAGAGAAUGGCUUUCUUCACAUCAGCAGUAUCAGCAAGCCUGGGUUCGGGUUGGAGUUGAAUCCCAAGGCAAACUUGGUUUCGUCUGAGCGUCUCUUCUACCCGUCACCGUCGAAAACCCUUGAGGCGCCUACAAAUGGAGAUGGCCUAAAAGGAGAGAACCAUUACGUAGGAUCAUAACAGUUGUAAAUAGUUGAAACUCGGU